UCAUCUCCCGGCGACGGUAACGACCAUGCAGGCUCUGAUUCUUCUGACCUUGUUGUUGACGGCUCAAGCAGCACCGUUGGUGUUGCCUGAGGACACAGCUGGUGUGGAGGUGACUCAGUCACAGUCCAUUCCGGCAGAUGGUCCAGCAACGAAGCCUGCAGGUGGUUAUCUUGAAGCUCAGCAUCACCAGUACAGCAGGUGGUCCAAGAGUCUGCUCCAGCUGAUGAAGCACCAGCUGGCACUGCUGAAGAACCAUCUGCCCCUGCUGAACCAGCAACAGCUACUCUUGCUGAGGAGGCACCAGCUGCCACCGCUGAAGAACCAGCUGCCCCUGCUGAAGCUGCACCAGCUGCCGAAAGCUGCCGAAGUAGCUGCCCCUGCUGAAGAACCAGCUGCCCCUGCCGAGGAACCAUCAGCUGCCCCUGCUGAAGAACCAGCUACCCCUGUUGAAGAAGCACCAGCUGCCCCUGCUGAAGCUGCACUAGCUGCCGAAGUAGCUGCCCCUGCUGAAGAACCAGCUGCCCCUGCUGAAGCUGCGCCAGCUGCCGAAGUAGCUGCCCCUGCUGAAGAACCAGCUGCCCCUGCCGAGGAACUACCAGCUGCCCCUGCUGAAGAACCAGCUGCCCCUGCCGAGGAACCACCAGCUGCCCCUGCUGAAGAACCACCUGUACCAGCUGCCGAAGUAGCUGCCCCUGCUGAAGAACCAGCUGCUCCUGCUGAAAAAUCAGCUUCACCAGCUGCCGAACUGCCCCUGCUGAAGAACCAGCUGUCCCUGCUGAAGAACCAGCUGCCCCUGCUGAAUCACCAGCUGCCCCUGCUGAAGAACCAGCAGCCCCUGCUGAAUCACCAGCUGCCCCUGCUGAAGAACCAGCACCCUGCUGAAUCACCAGUGCCCUGUGAAGAACCAGCUGCCCCUGCUGAAUCACCAGCUGCCCCUGCUGAAGAACCAGCUGCCCCUGCUGAAUCACCAGCUGCCCAAGCUUCACCAUCUAAGUUGUUAUUCCUGGAACCCACCAUCACAGUAGGUGCUCCAGUGGUGGUCAAAAACAGCGGCUCUUCUCCCCUCAACCUGGUGAACCCAGUGGCCCAGGUGGACCCCCUGGCCCAGGUGGACCCACGUUUCCGGCCAUACAUCUACCCUAACGAUGCCCCACAUAUCGUUGCAGCUAAAAUCGCACACUUCCGCCUACACGCCGCACUGCUCCCGCCCAUUUCUGUCGCACCGGCCUACUAGAAGAAUUACCUAGGCUCUGGUUACGAAAGAUUUGGCUAUUAGUAA